AUGGCAAUGUUAUUACAAAGUCUAUCGAUUAAAUUGGGUGUAGUUACUGGAAUGGGUAAAAUAGCUUGUAAAGUUUUUUAUCCAAAAUAUGUUGGUUACAUGUUAUAUGUAUUAGCUGAGCUUGCUAUUAUUGCAUGUGAUUUGGCCGAAGUUAUUGGCAGUGCAAUUGCACUUAAAAUGCUUUUUGGACUUGCAUUACCCUGGGGAGUUGCUGUCACUGCUCUUGAUGUUAUAGUCAUAUUAUUUAUUUAUCGUGAUAAUGAUCUCAGAUCUUCAAAAAUACUGGAAGGCCUGGUGAUGUUACUUGUUGCUAUAGUUGGAAUUUGUUUUGUUCUGGAACUAAGAUAUUCAGAACCUAAUCCGGCUGAUGUUCUAAAAGGGUAUUUACCUAGUCCAGGAAUCUUCACAGACUCUAGACAAUUGUACAUUGCGAUUGGUAUUAUUGGUGCAACAGUUAUGCCUCACAAUUUAUAUUUGCAUUCACACUUGGUCAAAGUUAGAAAACAUCGUGAAGAGUCAAAAGAAAUCAAUAACAAAGACAAUAAAUUGGAAUCAGGUCAAGAUAUAACAUCAACAACAUCAAUAUUCCAAUCUAUCGUUAAUCAUACAAUAACAUACUCAACAAUAGAUUCAACGGCUGCAUUAACUUUUGCACUUUUUGUCAAUUCUUCAAUUCUUAUUGUGGCUGCUUCUAAUUUUUUUUACAAUGAAUCAAGGGGAAUUAUUGAGGUGGCUGAUUUGUUUGAUGCAUUUGAUUUAUUAAAUCAAUACCUGGGAAAAGCAGCUGGGACUAUUUUUGCAUUAGCACUAUUGAUUGCUGGUCAAAGUUCAACACUUACAGCAACAAUUGCAGGUCAAAUUGUUAUGGAAGGGUUUUUAGGUUGGACAAUAAGACCAUGGUUAAGGAGAUUUCUCACAAGAGUAGUUGCUAUAAUACCUGCCAUGUUAAUUGCCAUUUUUAGAGGUGAACAAGGAUUGAACGAAAUGCUGGUAGCAAGUCAAGUGGCUUUAAGUAUUCAAUUACCUUUUGCUGUUAUACCUUUAGUCUAUUUUACUAGCAGCAGGAAAUGUAUGGAAAUUGAUAUCAGAAAA